AUGUUUGAUUACUACAGAAAAAACAGAACAAACAAAAUUCAUCUUUUUUCUGUUCUUUCUUUUGCUUUGAUUAUUUUUAUUGUCACUUUCUCUGAUAGUCUCAUAUCUAAUUUUUCUUCAUCUCAUUCAAUUGCUUUUGUAUCAAAACCAAGUUCACAACAGCCAUUGAAAUCAACUUUUGUACAAAAAUCAUUUAUUUCAAAGAAGCAAAAAGUAAUCAAAGAAGAAGAAGUUGAAGAUCAUGUGAAUUUAGUGACUCCUUUUAAUCUCACAGUGGAACAGAGAAUUUCUUGGUUCAAGAAAAAAUUGCCUGAAUUUAGUAUAUUGAAGUCAUCAAGAUUGUCAAGACAGUUCAACAGUAGAGUAAAUAAGUUUCUAAUUUCAAGAAAUUGCAGAGUUCAGUUCUUCAUGACAUGGAUUUCCCCUGCAAAUUCUUUUGGAAGGAGGGAAUUUUUCGCAUUGGAGACUCUAUUUAAAUCUCAUCCAAAAGGGUGUUUGAUAAUUCUAUCUCGAACUCUGGAUACGCCUCGUGGGGUUAGAAUCUUGAGUCCUUUUACUCAAUUGGGAUAUAACGUUGUUGCCAUUACUCCAGAAUUAUCUUUUUUGUUCAACAGGACGCCAGUUGAGUCUUGGUUUGAUGACCUCAAGAAAGGUAAUAAAGACCCUGGUGAAAUUCCAUUGGCUCAGAAUUUAUCCAAUUUGAUAAGACUAGCUGUACUGUACAAGUACGGCGGUGUUUAUCUAGACACGGAUUUUAUCAUCCUACGAGAUAUUUCGAGAUUGAGAAACUCUAUUGGUGCGCAGAGCGUAUCAACAAAUGGGAAUUGGACUAGAUUGAAUAAUGCAGUAUUGAUCUUUGAUAAGAAGCAUCCACUUCUUUACAAGUUUAUGGAGGAAUUUGCUUUAUCUUUUGAUGGAAAUAAAUGGGGACAAAAUGGACCCUAUUUGGUUUCAAGAGUAGUAGAGAGAUUGACGAUGACCUCUGUAGGGAAAAAUCAACUCAAUUUCACUAUAUUGCCACCAAUAUCAUUUUAUCCAGUUGAUUGGAUUCGAAUUCCCGGAUUCUUCAUGAAAUUAAAUACAAGAACUCAUUCAAGAUGGAUAGAUGCAAAAUUGUUACAACUUAGUGGGAAAACUUAUGGAGUUCAUCUUUGGAACAAGCAGAGUAGUAGAAUGAAAAUUGAACAAGGAAGUAUUAUAGGGAGAUUAAUUUCUGAUCAUUGUUUGUUUUGUAAAGAUAUUUACACUUGUUAACUUGUGAAUUCUUUAAUUUCAGAUUUGUAAAAAGUCAGGACACUUUAUUUA